AUGACAUAUGAUCGAUUGGGGGAUUUGGGUGUUCGAUUAAGAAACGCUAGAGUGCCUAUGGUUGUCAAGGCUCAGUGCCCUUGUUCGUUUCUGUUCAUUUCAAUGGCGGUGAAGAUCCAUUUCGAAGGCCUUUUACGGGGGCACCAGCGGCAAUGUCGUCGCUACAAGAAGCUGUCGACGAUAGAUGACGAGAGCGACAAGGGAGCGAGGCGGGGGCGGCCGAGGAGGCGGUGGCUGAAGAAAAUGAGCGGUGGCAUACGGUUGUCGCGUUCCAUAAAGCUAAGGCAUCAGCCACUGCUUGCCAUUUUUGGGUCAUCACUCAUGAUGGGGCUCCCGGGGAUGACCAAAGUUGAUGAGAAGAACAAAGGUGGAUUCAAAGCUUCCAUGUUCCUUUUUGUGCUCAUGUCAUUAGAAAACAUGGGUUUUGUUGCAAACAUGGUGAGCAUGGUGCUUUACUUCCUUUAUGUCAUGUUCUUCAACGUCCCCACCUCUGCAAACACACUUACAAACUUCAUGGGCUCAACCUUCUUGCUCUCCCUCGUCGGCGGCUUCAUUUCCGACACGUUCAUUAACAGAUAUACCACCUGUCUGAUUUUCGGAUUCUUAGAAGUGCUGGGAUUGGCAUUGAUUACAAUUCAGGCUUAUUUUAAGGACUUGCAGCCCGCCUACUGUUUCGGCAAGCCGAGCUGCAUACACGGCGGCAAGGCGGCGAUGUUCUACACUUCGUUGGGAUUGUUAGCAUUGGGGUCUGGUGGGGUUAAGGGAGCUCUUCCGGCACUCGGUGGUGACCAAUUUGAUCAUAAAGACCCCAAGGAAGCAAAAGCUCUAGCAAGGUUUUUCAACUGGCUGUUGCUCAGUACUACACUCGGUGCCGCCGUCGGAGUGACGGGCAUUGUGUAUUUGACUACCGAAAGGAACAAGUGGUAUUGGGGUUUCUUCAUAUCGACGGUUGCUACCUUUAUCGGUUUCUGUGUUCUUGCAUCGGGAAAGCCUUUCUACCGCCUACGAGAACCGACGGUUGCUAAUAGCCCCAUCAUAAGGAUAGCUCAGGUCAUAGCAGUAGCCUUCAAAAACAGAUGGCUAGCUCUGCCGGAUAAACCGGAUGAAUUGUACGAGACCGAUGAAGACGAAACCGGUUGCAGGGAGGAAAGAAUCUCCCACACCAACCAAUUCAGAUUCCUAGAUAAAGCAGCAAUUGUUCCGAUCAUGUCGGAAGCGACGCCAUCACCGUGGACAGUGUGCACGGUGACUCAAGUUGAAGAAGUUAAGAUUCUAACCAGAAUGCUGCCCAUUUUAGGCAGUACCAUCAUAAUGAACACAUGUCUGGCACAGCUGCAGACAUUCUCGAUUCAGCAAGGUAACAUCAUGGAUCGCCAUCUCGGAAAACUCGACGUUCCCGCCGCAUCGAUCCCGAUAAUCCCACUGGUCUUCAUGUCCAUUCUGAUUCCUACCUAUGAGUUAUUCUUUGUCCCUUUUGCUCGAAAAAUCACACAUCAUCCAUCGGGCAUCACCCAACUCCAACGUGUCGGUGUGGGGCUUGUUCUGUCAGCAAUUUCAAUGGCUGUUGCCGGUAUCGUUGAGGUUAAAAGAAGGGAUCAAGCUCAUAAGGACAUGUUAAAGCCCAUAAGUCUCUUCUGGCUCUCCUUUCAGUAUGGAAUUUUCGGAAUUGCAGACAUGUUCACUCUUGUGGGACUGCUGGAAUUUUUCUACAAGGAAGCACCUAUCGGCAUGAGAUCACUCUCGACAUCGUUUACCUGGUUAUCUCUAUCUUUCGGCUACUUCUUGAGUACAGUGUUCGUAGACAUAAUAAACUCCAUCACCAAAAGAAUCAGCCCAAGCGGACAAGGUUGGAUUCGUGGAUUAGACUUAAACCAGAGCAACUUAAAUCUCUUUUACUGGUUUUUAGCUAUCCUUAGCUGCUUAAACUUUGUACAUUAUUUGUACUGGGCCUCAUGGUACAAAUACAAGACAGACGAACCUGAUCAUGCUGAAGCCGAAGCUAAGGAUUUGCGUACCGGACCACUCGUCGCAGAGGAAGAGAACACCCUGGAUGGAGGAGUAACACAAACACAUGAAGCUCCUGUUCAAACAGAUGAAUCUAAGCAACAACUUAUAAAAGAAUCUGAUCAUCCUGAAGCUGUAGCUAAGGAUUUGAGUACCAGACUGCUUCCUGAGGAGGAAAAAACACCUUGGAUGGAGGAGUAA